GCCCUAUAAUAUUUAUAAUCUUCAUAAUUAUGUCUCAAUAUGCAACUGUUCUUUCCUCACGACCUGUUAUAAGUAAGACCAAGACAACGAUUGAAAAGGCUGCCAAAAGGAGGUCUGAGUCGGAGCGAGAGAAUAAACCAUGCUCUAACACUUGCAAUACAAGUGCGAAAAUUAAAUUAGUGAAAAAUUCCACUGAAACAGAAUUCGAGUUUACUAAAUUCAAGGACCAGGGCUCAAGCAAAUUAGAUAUUUCCACUGAGAAGGAGUCAAAUCAUGUCAUGAGUACUGGAAAGAUCCAGCCAAAGGAAGAGGCUAAAACUGAGGAGUCUAAGCAGGCUAAAGGUCAGCACUCUUGAGUUCUUAAGAAGCAGAACCUCACUUCUUUCCCUCCAGCCUAUUUUGAAUAUUUUAAUGAUGACGAAUAUGGUAGUGGCAGCCAAAGUAUUUGUUCGGAGGAGAUGAACCUUGAUACCUCUAUAAUUACCACUCAUGAGAAUAAGGAUGUCAAUGAGUUCUCGAUGUGGGAAAAACGCCCACCUUCAGAUUCUAAGGAAGCUGAAGGCGAAAAUAGCGAAGAAGAGAUCAUGACUGCUAGAGUAUCAAAAUAACUGCACUCCAAUCGACGACCCUGAAGGAGCUAAGGUCAUGAUCGACCCUGAGUUUUUGAUAAAAGAUGAGAACAAAAAGUUGCUGAAUAAUUUGUUUUACGGAAAUUUCAAAAUUGAGGAGGAGAAAGAGAAAGUAUCAUCUUCUCGAAAUCAGAUUAUGCUAAAUAGCUCUAUUCCUACAAAUUCAUUCAACAAGACAACAAAGAUUACCCAGCUAAAGAGUUAUAACUAUGCUCAGAAGCUUGCGAAUGCUUCUAAGAAUCGUAAGAGCAAGCCUUCAUUGAGGAAGGUUGAGCGAUCUACUCCUUUACGCAAGAAUAAGUCUAAACUUCGAGGGUCUCUUGAAAAUAUAAACACUGCUGGAACGAAUAGUUCUAUGCAGAUCGCUCAAAGCACCAGAAUAUUCGACACUAAGGCACCUAGGACAUUCUUUGAGAGACGACAGUCUGACAAGCCAAGCAUAAAACAGAAUUUGACUAAGAAAUUACUGAAUGCUAAGAAUUCGCCUCUGAAUAAUUAUUUCAGAAAGGAAACUCGCAAGGUUAAUAAGAAGUACCAUAACUCUCAUUCACUGCGAAGUUCCCUUGAGUCAUCCCAGAAUGAGCCUCAGAAAACAAGUAAGACCUACUUGAGCAAUUACAAAAGUAAAGUGCUGGUGAUUGAUAAGACAAGGAAGAAGAUGCAGCCUAUAUUCCUGCUGAAAAGUAGCAAAACGAAGAAGAAUCCGAAUAAGAAGUAUAACAGUACCUUGCGGGUAUUGAGCAAGGGCCAGACACUUAAGGCAAGCGACAUCUUGGCUCAUAACGACUCGAUUACAGCGAAACUAAUGAAAAUGGAAAAUUCUAAGACCAGGAACAAAGGAGUAGACUCUUUCAGCUCUACAAUAAAGCUGAAGACAGAGAGUUAUGCCUCAACUAGUCUUAAGAAGUUUCUGAAGAAAUCUAAGACUAAGAAGAAGGGAAUAGUCAAGUUUCCCAAAAAGAAGCAAGGAGAGAAGUCCAAAAUGGGCGUCUGUGUAUCUCCACUGAAGGCCAUGAUGUUCUCGUCAAUGCCUUCGGUGAGAGAUAGAUUUUCCGUCACCAAAAGAUUGUCAUAAUUUUUGUAUAAGUUUCUUACCUUAA